AUGGAUAACACCACUGGGACCACUUCGCCAGGCUCGAAGCUAGAGGCGGCGCCACUCACACAAGACGAGUCCAAGCCCCCAGCCCGUCAUCUUCACGGUUGGAAGUGGGCAAUCGCAUAUGCAUCGAUCGCGACAACUAUCUUCCUUUUCGCUCUGGACAAUACAAUCGUCGCCGCCGUCCAACCUUCGAUUCUAGAGUCUCUUGGCAACGCUGCACUCCUUCCAUGGAUUGGCACUGGUUUCGCCCUUGGAAGUACCGCUAUCCUGCCUUGGGGCAAGGCAUAUGGUGUCUUCACCAUCAAAUGGCUCUUCAUCUUUAAUGUACUGCUGUUCGAGCUAGGCAGCGUCAUUUGUGGGGCGGCGCCCAAUAUGACUGCCUUCAUCAUUGGCCGUGUCGUCGCUGGCGUUGGCGGUUCCGGCAUGUAUUCUGGCUCCUUGAGCUACAUCGCCCUUUUGACAUCUUUGAAAGAAAGGCCAACGUAUAUGGCCGGGGUGGCGUUGGUCUGGGGUCUUGGGAGUGUCCUUGGUCCUGUGAUUGGUGGCGCUUUCGCCACGAGCAAUGCCACUUGGAGAUGGGCAUUUUACAUCAAUCUUGUUGUCGGUGCACUGUUUGCGCCCUCGUAUCUCUGGCUCUUGCCUGACAUGUGUUUGCAACCAACCAAGUCGCUCUCACAGCGACUUCGCCAGGUCGACUUGCUUGGGACCACUGUCUUUCUGGGCGGCUCGGUUUGUUUCACCAUGGCCAUCUCAUUCAGUGGGUCAGUCUACAGCUGGGACUCAGGCUCUGCGAUUACGCUCUGGGUCAUGACGGGUGUCCUUCUGAUUACGACAAUCGUAUUGACUUUAAAGCAUCCACUUGUUACCAAGGAGAGCAGGUUGAUACCAGCCCACUUCUUCCGGUCAUUCCAUCUUGUCAAUCUCGGUCUCCAAAUGUUCUUUGUUUCUGGAAUCAUGCUCUCCGGUGUUUAUUACGUCCCAUUGUUCUUCGCUUUUACCAAGGGUGAUGAAGUGAUGCAAGCAGGAAUUCGACUAUUACCAUUUAUUGCUCUGCUAGUCUUCACCUCUUUGUUGAACGGAGUCCUCAUGCCAAAGUAUGGAUAUUACACGCCAUGGUAUAUCAUUGGUAGUGGGCUCUCCGUAAUAGGCAGUGCGUUGAUGAUAACUGUCAAAGAUGACACUAAUGUGGCAAACAUAUAUGGGUACACAAUCUUGGUGGGAGCUGGAGCGGGUUGCUACCUAGCGUCUGGCUUUGCUGUCAUGCAAAGCUUCGUUCCAGUUCAUGCCAUUCCAUCGGCAAUUGGAUUCCAAGCGAUCGGGCAAAUUUUAGGAACUGUCACCUUUCUCUCCGUAUGUGGCAGCCUCUUUGCCAAUACCGCUGUCAAGCUUAUCAUGCCGUUGUUACCUGCGGGAACUUCACUUGCAGCUGCCACUGAUAUUAUUACUGGAACUCACAGUCCCGCGUUCCAAGAUCUGGACCCUGAGGUCUCGCGCCAAGUUGUCAGCAAGAUUGCACAGAGUAUGCAGAAUGUUUGGUCUUUCAAUCUUGCAGGCAGUGCCUUGAGCUUUGUCCUUUCCUUGUUUUUGAAGGUAUGA